GUACUGACGCCGUCGUCCCUGGCUACGCUCUAUCUUUGCGUGGCUACACGGCGGCUCGCUUUGCCCGCGUAUAUUUUCUUUUCUUCUCUACUUCUCUGCUUCUCUGCGUUACCUUUCUUAUAUUGCUCAUGGCAGUUAAAGUAUCCGUCAGAGCACUACAGCAAGUUGACAAGUUCAAAUCAGCAGCUCGUUCGCUGGCGCCUUCGGCAAACGCGGUCAAAGAGUUUGGUUCGCCAUCCGUAAUUCGUCUUGCUUAUGGGGUUUCCGCUGCAUCUGAUGCUUGCUGAGAUGACCAGUCCUGCAUAGUGUGCUUGACUACUAGUUUUCGUUGCGUGCUAGACCGGCUUUUUUCACUCGAUGUGCCCUUGACGAUGAUGCUAUCAGGAUCCUUAUUGUUCGCCGAGUUCGCCGCGCUGUUCGCCGAGUUCGCCCGUGAACCCCCUCCGCGGACCUCACUGCGACUCCCCAACCCGCCUCGUCGUGUCGCCGAGUUUGAGAUUCUUUUCGCCUUCGCGGACAUCGCAGCGGUAAGCCACUAGCUUUGGGCGUGGUUCAAGUGAUCAGCUGGCCUGGCCAAGCCGAACGUGAUACCCGGAUGACAACCAGCCACGCCCAGCUUGUCAGCCACAUAGUUUAGAGCUUCAUGAGAGUCCACUUGGUUAGUGUGGGGUUAUGUGUGUUGGGCUGGAUGUUUCUCGUGUGCUUCGUGCAUGGCACGAUUGUGAACGCACUGUUGGUGCAUGUGCCCACCGGAGGGCUUAACAAAAAUCUUCGUGCACGGCCGCACGUUGUAGGUCAGUUGGGGGCUUGUACUUGGUCGGGUUGCAUGUGCUGGACUCGCCAGUCCGUUCGUAUGCCGCUGCCCACCGGAGGGCUGUACUCGGGUUGACUAUGCGCGGUACGACCGCCGGAUUAUUUGCAUGCUGAUCGCGAUAGGCCCACCGGAAGGCUUGAUGCGGCGCUUCGGUCGUGCGCUGAGGCCCACCAGACUGAUUGAUGUGAUGUGACUCCGCUGCCAGUGGUCGCUGUAUUUACAAAAGACUUUCAAGCACUAUGCCGGACUAUGCCGGAUAUACCGCUCCUGCGUUGCUUGCCCGUCAGGUGGCGUGGUGACUGCAGACUCAUCAUGGGGCAUGUCAGUUGUGCGCCAAUGCUUCACGCCAGGGCCUCACGGUCUCCGCUUGGAUUAUUCUGGCAUGGCAUGCAUGAGCGAGCGCGCUCUCUUUACCGGACGCCGGACACGCACUGGAGGGCUUGCUUAUGUGGCUGGUGGCGGCGCGCCCACUAUAGACGGCCAGUUGUGCGUGCGCUCAGGCCCGCCAUAUUGAUUGACUUCCCGUGACUGUAUGUCAAACGACUUUCA